AUGGCGCAGCUGAAGCAGCAACAAGGCGGAGGGUCACAAGGUGGGCAAGGGCAAGGUCAAGAGGAUGAUCAGGAGCAGAAGAAGCAGCGAGAGACUGAACAGCGCUCGUCCAUUCUCAACCAGAUCCUCGAGCCCGAAGCCGCCGACCGUUUAGGCAGAAUCCGAAUGGUCAAAGAGUCUCGCGCGCAGAUGGUCGAGGACAGACUCAUUAUGAUUGCGAGGUCUGGUCAAUUACAGCAGAAGGUCAAUGAAGAACAAUUGAAGCAGAUGUUGGCCAGUCUCACCGAGCAUGAGAAGCAGACAGGUCCAACACUGGAAAACAUGAAGGUUGUGCGAAAAGGUCGCUGGGACGAAGAUGACCUCGAUGAUCUUCUCAACGAAUCAUGA